AUGACGCCAGCUACCCUUCUUUCGCAGGAAGUGGCUGCAAGCACACCAUGGCAUGAGAAUACGUCGCCUUCCGAUGAUCAGGGGAAUGAACCUCAAGGUGGUUGCCCGGAGAAAGAAUCAGUCCAGGAGGUUGUGGCGGAGCCCGAGGGGACUCUUGAACCGGCAGAUGAUUCCAUCAUGUGGACGAUCAUGUCCAACCAGUUCGAUCCGUCAUGUCAAAAGGGCCAGCCCCCUGAGAAAACACCACAAAUUAUCCUACCACAUUAUCUUCGCCCAAUUCCGACGCAUAUCUCCAACGAAGACCUCGACUACCUCCAAAGGAAAGGAGCUUUUGAUAUCCCGGCGACCAUUCAACGCAACGAGCUGCUUCGGUGUUACAUCCAAUAUGUGCACCCUCUUUUACCCAUCAUCGAUCUCCGCGACUUCCUGCGUGCCAUUGACAGAGACGACCCUAGCGACACGAUCAGCUUGAUGCUACUUCAAGCAGUCAUGUUUGCGGGCACCACGUUUAUUGACAUGAAUUACGUUACGGGCUACGAGAAUCGCCGGGCUUACCAAAGGGGAUAUUUCCAAAAGGUCAAAAUGCUCUACGACCUGGACUUUGAGGAGGAUCGAGUCACUAUUAUACAGUGCGUUUUACUAAUGACAUACUGGUACGAGAGCCCCAACCAUCCCAAAGACAUUUGGUACUGGGUUGGAAUAGCGGUUGCCUUUGCGAGAUCCGUCGGUCUCAACUGCAUUCCCCAGGAGAGUUCCGGCACCGUCCAGGAGAAGAGGCUUUGGAAGCGAAUAUGGUGGGGCUGCUAUAUGCGUGAUCGGCUGGUCGCAGCGGGGAUGCGGAGGACGAUGAGGAUCAAGGAGGAGGAAUGCUGCGUCGAGGGACUGGGCAUCGAGGACUUCGAAGCAUGCACCUCCCUGUCUGAUUUCGAACACAUGAUUGGGUCCGCCUGCGCCACCGGCGAUGGGCCAACUCACGCAAACCUGGUCCGGCUCUGCAUAGCUUUGGUCGAGCUAUGCAAAAUCGUUGCAGAUAUUCUGACAUUACAGUACGAGACACCAUCGCAGAAGAUCGGUGGAACUCACGAAGCCACUAUGAAGCUGCUGCCCAAGUCGCCGUCCUCCGCAACCGAAGUGGGAAGGCGCGAUCGAGACCUCGAAACGUGGUACGAAGGAUUGCCCGUGGAGGUACGCUAUUCGUUUUCCGAGACGCAACAUGAUUCGAGUCCUGUCGGCGACCGUGUUGUGUAUCUGCACAGCGCGGUGGUAGCUAGCGUCUAUAUCGCCAUCACCAGUACCCUGCAUCGGCCGCUGUGCAUGAUCGCCUCCGCAAAGCAUCUGACGGAGACUCAGAAGGGGUCCAAGAUGAAGGUAUAUGAUGCUGCAAGCAAGGUGGCCUCCCUGUAUCGGGACAUCGUCGCCCGCAACAUGACCGACAGUGUCCCCAAUACAAGCGUGGCCGUCUUGCUCCCGGCCUGUGUUGUCCUUCACGCAGAUGCCCGGUCAACCACCUCGGCAACGAGUCGAGAGUCGCAGGAACGCCUUCAGGAUUGCGUCAAGGUCUUGCAACGACUACGCGAAAUGUACGCCUCGGCAGAUUUUGCGCUGUUGGUGCUCUCUCAAGCGAUCCAGAAAUUAAAUCCUGCCUCGCGAGGUCCUGUAUCUCAACAGGCAACAGCUCUAGAGUCCAAAGCUGGCCAAAGCAAGGUCCAUUCUACGUCGCAGCAGGAUCUAGGCCUGACGGACUCUCCUCUAUCAUCCCAAGAGAAGCAGUCUCUGCCUAGCUCCAAACCACCUCAUUCUCAGCCUUCGUCGAUUUCAGUGCCGACGAGUACGGAAUGCGCUCACUUGACGGAGCCACAUUGGCAAGUCAAAGAAGCCGCCCAUAGAGAGAGUCGACGUCACCAAAUGCACAGCCAUCAUCAGAUUGACGGCGUGAAUGAUUUGUGGUGGGAUGAUUUAGUAAAUUUCUAA